AUGGCGACAGCAGAUAUCCUCUCCCCAAACACUUCCUUCCCCAUAGUCCCAGACCACAUACCCUCUUCCAGUUACAAUGACGAAGGCGACGCAUUGCAAACCACCCAUGACACAGCAACGGCUUCCCAAGCUGAGGAACCGGUCCGGUUUGAUGCCCAAAUACAUAUUCAGUACACACCUCCGCCAAGGGUUCACUCCAUGAAGGAGCUGGGCUUUAGUGAUGACGUUGGUGUCUCCCCGAUCGGGGUUUCCGAGCCAUUCUCGCUCUUCUCUCGUGAUGCGAUUUACCAAAUGCGAAAGGAGAUCCUCAGUGACAAAGUUUGGGAACGCUAUCGCUUCUCCAGUAAUCUGGCACAGUGUCAACUGCGCGGGUAUGCUGCUGAAUGUGCUCCAUUCGUUUAUGACGCCUGGAAGAGCCCGGAAGUACUGAAAAUCAUUUCGAAUAUUGCUGGCAUUGACCUUGUCCCUGAAAUGGACUGGGAAAUAGGCCAUGUCAACAUUUCUGUUCCAUCCCAGGUCGAUAAAGGUCAAACUCUCAAUUCCGCUGAGGAUGAUGAACCAAUCGUCGAUUGGCAUACAGAUAGCUAUCCAUUUGUCUGUGUUACCAUGCUCAGCGACUGCACGAACAUGGUGGGCGGUGAAACAGCAUUGCGCAAGGGAGACGGAUCGAUUGUGAAAGUCAGAGGCCCGGAAAUGGGAUGUGCUGUUGUUCUUCAAGGACGAUACAUCGAACAUCAAGCACUGCGUGCUGUGGGCGGGACAGAGAGAAUCACGAUGGUAACAUCGUUCCGCCCGCGCUCGCCAGCCUUGCCAGAUGACACCGUUUUGACAACGGUUCGAGCCAUAUCCGACUUGUCAGAGCUCUACUUCCAGUUCUCCGAAUACAGGCUUGAGAUGCUUGAGGAACGGGUACGGAUGCAGCUUAAAGAAAUCCGCGACCGGAAAAAAGCCAGACGAAACUUCGACACCAAAGGGAUGAAGAAAUUCCUGGCUGAGCAAGAGAAAUUUUUAGCUCACAUGAACAAAGAAAUUGUUGAAGACGCACUGGUGACGAAGGGCUUUACAGACGAUAGCCAUCUGAUCUCUGAAGAGCUUAAAGAGCGUCAUAAGAAACGAGCUGGCGUUAACGGCCUUGAUUCCUGGGAUCCUAAAUUGAAUCUUUGUUUUUCGGUGUUGGAACAAAAGUUGCGUCAGGGGGACGUCGGAUCAUUCAUCAGAAAUAUUCGAGACGGUUGUAGUCGCUCGACAACAGAAAAGAUAGCGCGAAGACGGUUUGGCGAAACUAUAUCAAAUACAGCCGUGGAAGGGCUAUCUACAGGCAAUAAUAUAAAGAGCGAUAAAGUAACGGUGUCGGGGCACAAAGGUAUUACGCCCUCAAACUUUUGUUGUCUCGCAGAACCUUGUCCGUCAACCCAUGGACGCAAAACUUUGAGUGCCUACCAAUCCAACGCCAAAGAUAAUCCUCUUGCUGCUCAAUACCUAAUCCAUACCCGUGUGUUGGUCUACCAAACGGGCACCGGGAACCUUCUUCGAACCGUGCAAGGUCAUGUUGGUGAUAUAAGAGCUCUGAUAUACUGCGGAAUCCGUGAAAUUGUCCACACAUUUAUCACCCGAGCGGAACUGCUUGAAAACGAUGGAACCACAAAGGAACAUCUCUUGAACAAACGCGCGGAGACCGAGAAAAUGGAAUCGGACAAGUCGAGUACCGACCCAGUAAAUGGCGGCCUAUUUCAAGGCUGCUUCAAAUGUCCUCUACCCUUGAAUGAGCCGAUCAACGAUAUCGCAGAUGGUGUUACUAGGUGUCCUCAUUGUGCCUGGGAGCUCGAAGACGGGGGAUGUUUACAUUGUGGGUAUAUGGUGGAUGGGCUUUCGGACAGUGAUAUUUCCGAUGACGAUGACUCUAUUUCAAUGACAGAUGAAAUCGAUGAUGUCGAGGAUGGAUUUUCAUCAGUCGAUACGGAUGGUAUAGCAUGGAACGAACUUGACCCUGAGUUACAAUAUCACAUGUACUACCAUCACCAUCACCAUCCCGGAUUUCGUCAGAUAAGCGACGGAUCAUCCGUAAUGCAUAGGAGCACCGAUCACAGCGAGGAUGAAGAUUUACAUGAUUCGGAGAUGUCUGACUUUAUUGAUGAUGGCACAAUAGACGAAGGCAUAGAAACAGAUCACUCAACUGUUGUUGGCGCAACUACCAUCGUAUCGGACUCUGAGAGCGACCUAGAAGUGCAUGUAGGGUCUAGAGCUCUUCGGUCUCGUAUCCGGCAAACAACAACUUUUGGUGAUGGUGAUGAUGACGAUGACGAAGAUCAUGAUUAUGGCAAUAAUGAUGAUGUUGAUGAUGGGGAAACAGAGGGGAUGAUAGAUGAUGGUGACGAUGGUGAUGAUGAUGACGAUGAUCCUGUACGAGCGCCAACGAGGGCGGUUCAGCGACGCUGCGAGAUAUCGUCCGCUUCUAUCGAUCAUCCUACUCGUCUCCGAUACCGCGAAACAAACGCUAGCGCAAGGACGUCAGUUAGUGAUAGCGAUGAUGACGAGCGUUGUGAAGAAGGUUUUUCCUUUUCAAAUGCAUUGGAUCGUGUUCGCGCGUCGGGCUCAAACGUGCAUAGCCCAGAACCUCUCGAUGAUGAUUCCGACGUUCCUGUCGCCCCCAUAAGCAGCAGAAGGAGAGGCUCACGGCCAGGCCGGAUACGACCAAGCCAGCGCCGAGGUCGUCACCAAGGCCGGGCCCCGGAGAUUUCUAACUGA